AUGCCCCGCCGUGCUUCUGUGGUGGCCCAUCACCAGCAUUCGCUGUCGUUGGCCCAAACCAUUCGCAGUGCGAUCCAUGACGGUGCCAAACUGUUCAAUGACGGAAAGAAGAAGGAAUGCUAUGAACUCUAUUUGGCCACGGCCUAUGGUGGCUUGUCCCAGCAGACAAUGCACGCCAUGCAUGCCCAUAAUCGUGUGGAAGGAGCUGUGGAGACCAUGGGACAUCAACAUGACAAGUACACUGAUGCUCAAUCGGAAAAGAUUCGUGAAUUGUUGACCAAGGCCACAGUGGAUGCCAAUGUCGUGGCCAGCAAGGAGGAUUAUGGAGAAGCCGCAUGGGUGAUCCGUCGUGCGUUUGACCUUAUCUUGAAAAUGACCAAGAGGGCCAGCAAAGCAAGUGAAUUGAAACCCGCAAAGACAGGGGGUGAAACUCAAGAUGAUGUCUCGUUCAUUACCAUCAGUGAUGGUGCUACGGAACGAGAACAGGCUGAAACCUUGUCGGGACUCUGCAACAAAAUGGCCGACAUUUUGGAUAUUGGUAAUCACAAGUAUCGUCUAACGACCUACCCGGAUACCUUUGUGGGUAAGGAAGCUGUCACCAAGCUGGUCAAAACUAAUUUGUGUACCUCUCGUGAAGACGCUGUUAAGAAAUUGAACAAACUGAUGAAGUAUGGAUUGAUCUAUCACGUCACGAAAGAGCACAAAUUCAAGGAUGAACCAUUGUUUUACAAGUUGACCGCCUCGACCGAUUUGCGUUUCGAGUUGGACAAGUUUGGAACCAAAACCAACACCCUGGAAGGCGAAGAAUUAGUCCAUUAUGCGACACUCUUGGGACGUUUCAAAUCCUUUCACAAGCACCCAUCUCUUGGUGUUUUGAGGUUGGACUAUGACUAUCCUCCCGCCGCUGGAGACAUUGAUCAUCCGGACUCCUACGAUUAUCCCGUCUACUACCGUGUCGUCCCCGGACUGACCUUUGAAAUGUGUCAAAGUGGUGUGCUAUCUGCCGAAGUGGGCGCGGCAUUUGAUGAUGCCGUCUUGUGGUUGGCCAUUCACAAGGAUGUCAGCGUGAUUAGUGGUGAUUGUGGCUUCAUGUUUUGGUUUGUGGAACGUUGCCGCAAGAUUGCUUCCAAAAAGAUCAUUUCGUUGAGUCCCUUGAUGCAGCUCCCCAUCAUGGUGGCAGCUUGUGCUCCCAAGGACAAGAUUCUCGUUCUCACUGCGAAUGGCAAGUCCUUGGAUCCUAUGCAUGACUUGAUCAAACGACAAUGUGGCAUCGAUGGACAAAACACUCAGUUCAUUAUUGUGGGCUGUGAAAAUGUCCCUCAUUUUGGAGUUGAAGUCGCCAAGGGAUUGCAAGUCGACGUCGACAAGGCAUGUCCCGGUAUCGUUGAAUUGGCCAAGGAGAUGGUCCGCGAUCAUCCCGACACCCGCAUGAUUUUGAUGGAAUGCACCGAAUUGCCCCCUUAUUCCGAUGCUGUGCGAGAGGCAACCCGAUUACCCGUGUGGGACGCGAUCACCAACUGCAACUUUUUCAUGCAGGGCUUUUUGGAUAGCGUGAAUUUCGGUUUGAAUGGCUGGUAUGAAGAAUGGGAUGGCAUUCAGGAAGAGUAUGUGUUGGGACAAAACCUAAACGACACCCAGCGUUUGCAGUGUGUUUGGUGCCGCAACAAUGAGUUGAACUAUGCUGGAAAAUGA